AUGGCAGAGUCCUGCGCCAACCCACUCCUAGCCACAUGGCUCAAGGAGUGGAUGGACAAGGCGAAAGAACAGAACAGCAAAGGAUACACUGUCUACAAGAAGGCCUACAAGUCCAUGAUUGCCUGCCCUAUGCGAUUUGAUCAUCCUUCCGAGGCUCAACAACUCAACGGUCUAGGUCCUAAACUUUGCGACCGUCUUGCGGACAAACUAAAAGUGUUUUGUGAGGACAAUGAGUUACCGAUGCCUGUUAAAGGUAAAAGGAGGAAACGGACAUCCGAAACCCAAGGAGACGAACCCGCCCAGGAUGAACCAGAGUCUCCGAAGCGAAAACGAAAAGCCCAGCCAUAUGUACCAAAGUUGAGAUCUGGUGCAUACGCUCUCAUCAUGGCCUUGUCUACGCUGGACCAAGAAAGCAACCAGGCAAUAUCCAAAGAGGAACUGAAAAGACUCGCACAGCCACACUGCGAUGCAUCGUUUGACGUCCCUCCCGAUCCUUCCAAAUUCUAUACAGCGUGGCAAUCAAUAAAAACCCUCGAGAGCAAAGAGUUGGUCUGUACCAAAGGGCACCCUAUCAAGAAGUACUAUUUGUCCGAUGAAGGUUGGGAAGUGGCACUACGGAUGAAGGCCACCGUGGAAGGGCGCACAAUACCUUUACGCGAAUCGACAGCUACGAAGAAGACAGCCCCGGUUCCACACACCCGGCCACCACCCUCGCCCAAGAUUUUAGCCGGACAAUCAUCGUCGAGGCAACGUAUUGAGUCCAUGAAGCCUAUGCGGAAGGUACCAACGCAUGAUUCUGAUAUCAUAGAGUUGGUCUCCAGUCCAGGACCAGAAGCGCGCGCGGAUGACCUCGAAGGAGUUACUUCUGACUUCAGAGCUCAGAAUGAUGGUAUGCGACCGCCUAGCACUCGCCCAAAUUUAAAUGACACGGUCAUUCUGCCAGCAGGAAGUUUCGAGGUGAGGAUGGUGCUAGACAUGAGAGAGAUUCGAUCGACGACUGAUCGUGACUACAUCUCUUCUGAGCUGAAAAAACAAGAUGUUAAUCCUAUUCUUACUGCAUUGCCGCUGGGAGAUGUUCUCUGGGUGGCGGUAGUCAAUCCGUCCUAUGCUGAAACCCUCAGACCGGUAAGCAUGGAGGACAGAGACAAGCCUGGUGAGUCUUGGAUAGUACUGGAGCACAUUCUGGAGCGCAAGCGUCUCGACGACCUGAUCGGCAGUAUAAAAGAUGGUCGCUUUCGCGAGCAAAAAUUCCGUCUGCACAAGUCAGGCAUAAAAAAUGUGGUAUAUCUGGUCGAGGCAUACUCGCUGUCAUCAGAGAAGAGCGAAAAAUACGGAGAUGCAGUGGAGAGCGCCAUUGCAAGCAUGCAAGUGGUCGACAAUGUGUUUGUCAAGCAAACAGCGCAACUGGACGAUACCAUUUCAUAUCUAGCUCGCAUGACGAAGACUCUGAAGGGCUUGUACGAAAGAAAAGACAUCCACGUUAUCCCAACACACACGUUCGAGGCAGACGCUGCAUCAACCAUAUUGGAGCGACUGAGGAGCUUGUCACCACAAAGGACCUACGGAAUGACGUUCUCAGUUUUCGGUGCCAUGUGCGACAAAUCGGACAGUAUGACGCUUCGGGAUGUGUACCUUAAGAUGCUGAUGUGCACAAGAGGUGUGACUGGUGAAAAAGCGGUUGAGAUACAAAAGAUCUGGCCCACACCAAGGGCUUUGGCGGAAGCGUUCGAUACGAUGAAGACUGUUUCAGAAAAGGAGACCAUGAUAAGUGCUCGACUCGGCAAUGCUAUUCCCAGGAAAAAGGUCGCAAAGGCACUGAGCGCAAAGAUUGCUGAGGUCUGGGGUUAG